CCGCCCCGCGUUCGGAGGCCGCCGUUCCCUCCCCGCUCGGCUGCGGCUCUGCGACGUUCUUGGAGAGCGCGGGACCGAUUUUCCUGAGGGAUGCGGCUGCCCGGCGCAGACCCGGGCUGUCCUCGAGGGAGCCGCCGCUGCCCCGUGCCGUGAGCCGCCCUCGCUCGCAGCGCUGCUGCCGCGUCCCUCCCGAGGGACCCGUGGCGCCGCGGCCACGCGGGCCGCUCCAGGCAGGCGUCCCCGCUCAGCGGCACGUGGCGGGGCGCGAGGCAGCGUCUUCCGAGCGCUCUGAGCCUGCUCUGUCCCCGUGGCUGUGCUCGGCGGCAGCUUUUUGGGGUGCGGCGAGGCGGAGAUGCCCGAAUGCGGUGCCUGAAGGCUGCUCCCGGGGCGCCGCUCGGCCCUUCGGGCCAGGGAGGGGGUGAGCUCAUAGGGCGAGCGUCGCCGCCACCCGCAGCGCGUGGCUGAAGCCAGGCGGGAGCAGGGGGGGCCCCGCGUUUGCCAGGCGAGCGCCCGUGCGUUAACCCCGCGCCGUGAGGCUCCCUGGCAGGGGCACGGGACGGGUUCGGGCCCUGGCGCGGCCCCGUCCGCGUGGCGGGAGCGGCGCUGAGGCCCCGUGUCCCUCUGCUUCCAGCCCGGGGGUGAUGACAUGGCCUCUGCCGGCUCCAGCAGGGCCAGGGCAGGGCCGCCCUGCGAGAAGUCCCAGCUCUCCGUGAAAGUGGUGUCCGUGAAGCCCAAGGCCCAGAGCCGGCAGUCGCGGCUGAGCUGCUACGUGGAGGUGGCGGGCGACGGGCUGCCCAGCGAGACCAAGAAGACGGGGAAGCAGAUGGGGAGCUCGGAGCUGCUGUGGAACGAGAUCCUCGUCCUGAACGUCACGGCGCAGAGCCACCUGGACCUGAAGGUGUGGAGCUGCCACACGCUGAGGAACGAGCUGCUGGGCACCGCCUCCGUCAGCCUCUGGAACCUGCUCAAGAGCGGUGGGAAACUGGAGAACAGGCAGCUGACCCUGAACCUGCAGACGGAGAACAAAGGCAGCGUUGUCUCCGGCGGAGAGCUGACGAUUUUCCUGGACGGGCCUGCUGUUGAUCUGGGAAGCCUGCCUAAUGGCAGUGCCGUGACAGAGGGUGAGUGCCGCCCGGCUCCGCGUGCACGCGGCGGCUCCGCGCACGAGGCGGUGAGCGCCGGCGGGGAGAGGAGUGGGGCUGAGAGCGCGGCCCCCAGCACCGCCGAGCGAACGUCCGAGUGCCAGCAGCCACCUCCUCCCCCAGGGUCCCAGGUGCCCGGACGGGACCCCGGCAGCAUGGCUGCGGCCGCGGAGAGCAGACAGCAGCCUCCCGCUACAAACUGCUUUGGAAGCAGAUCGAGGACUCACCGGCACGCAGCUGCAGCAGCCCGGCAAGGCGCGGGGAGUGGGGAGCAAAGUCCCAGCGCCAGGAGCCGGCACCGGCAGCCGGCCAAGAGCCAGGCGCCCACGAGCGCGAUGAACGGCACGGCCAACGGCACGGUGAACGGGGAUGUGACGGGCGCUGCAGACAUCGAAGAGGAAAGGCCGGCUGCGGGAGCGACCACGCCGGCUCCGGUGGCGUCGAGCGCGGCGGAUGGCUCCGUGGCUCCUGCGCUGAGCAGCUCCGGGGAGGCAGAGGAGGCAGCGCCCGGCUCCAGCACCCCGCAGGCCCGGGCAGCGGUGCUGGCCCUGGAUGCUCUGCCCCCGGGGUGGGAGCAGCGGGAGCUGCCAAACGGCAGAGUCUACUACGUAGACCAUAACAACAAGACCACCACGUGGGAACGACCGCUCCCUCCGGGGUGGGAGAAGCGCGUGGACCCGAGGGGCCGGUACUACUACGUGGACCACAACACCCGGACCACCACGUGGCAGCGCCCCACAGCCGAGUACGUCAGGAACUACGAGCAGUGGCAGUCCCAGCGAAACCAGCUCCAAGGAGCCAUGCAGCAGUUCAGCCAAAGAUUCCUGUACCAGUCGUCCGGCGCCCCGUCCGACAAUGAUCCUCUCGGCCCCCUUCCUCCCGGCUGGGAGAAGAGACAGGACAACGGGCGAGUGUAUUACGUGAACCACAACACGCGGACCACCCAGUGGGAAGACCCUCGCACGCAGGGGAUGAUCCAGGAGCCGCCCCUGCCGCCCGGCUGGGAGAUGAAGUACACCAACGAGGGCGUGCGCUACUUCGUGGACCACAACACUCGCACCACCACCUUCAAGGACCCGCGCCCUGGAUUCGAGUCCGGGAGCAAGCAGGGGGGAUCGCCGGGGGCGUACGACCGGAGCUUUCGCUGGAAGUACCACCAGUUCCGCUUCCUCUGCCACUCGAACGCCCUGCCCAGCCACGUGAAGAUCAGCGUUUCCCGACAGACGCUCUUUGAGGACUCCUUCCAGCAGGUGAGGGGCGCGGAGCCCGGG